GUGCCCCGCGCUCCCCUAUAUAUACAUAAUAAUAAAUCAAAUAUAGCCUACACUUAAUUUACAACAUAUUUUCCAACAAAACAUUUCUGAAAAGUGACUCUUCUAAGGUGAUUUUGCAAUGCUUUGGAUUUAAAACCGUGAUUAAACUUGACGUGAAUAUAGCAUUUCUCGACAUUAUGACACGAAUAUUGUUUAAUACAAAACGGUCAACUUACCUGUUUGCCAUGGCGUCGUGCAUUUACUUAUUAUUAAAGAUUAAGUUAUUUUAACAGUUUGUGUUGUCUUAAUAUCAUUUGCAAGACAAGCGUCUUGCGGCAAGUUAUAUUUCGCGUCGCGAAAGGACAAAUAAAUGCAGCUUAAACGAUACGAACACAGAGACUAGCACUUGCGUGUAGCCCGAGCGUUUAUAUGUCUUCGUGACCCACUUUUAAACGAACCCGUCAACUUCGACUCGUUUAAACCGCUGUUGUAUGUCAGCCCUCAGAGAUCAGAUCAGCUCAGGGCUUCCCGCCCUGCGCGUCACGUGAUUAACCGUCGGAUUAACCGUCGGUUAAUCCGCACACAGUCUCUGGUGUCUUCGAGCAGGAGGAUCCUCAAUGUUUUGAACGCAGACUCUCCGGCGUCCAGAAGAUCAUGACGGAGGAGCACGCGACAGGUGGUGCAUGCCUGUCCCAAUCAGCCCGCAGGGUGACUGCUGGAGCAGAGGGCGGGGCUGAUGUCACAAAGGAGGCGUGGCCUGCACAACCACGCCCUUUAUCACAUGACCGGGUCACACUAGUAGUGGACGGGACUCAUUUUGUGGUGGAUCCUGCGGUAUUCACAGCUUACCCGGAUACAGUGCUUGGGAGAAUGUUCGGUCGAGCGCGUCAGCACAGUUUCACGCGACCAAACGCUAAAGGUGAAUAUGAAAUCGCAGAAGGCAUCGGAGCCAACAUCUUCAGAGUAAUCCUGGUACGUAUGAUCGCAAAUUCCCUCCAGUUCACUGCCGGUUUGAUUCUACGCAAACUUAACGCAAAGUCAUCUCUCGUCCAGGAUUAUUACCGUGUCGGCGUGCUGCACUGUCCGGAGGGCUUGUCGUUGGCGGAACUGCGCGAAGCGUGCGAUUAUCUGUGUAUAAACUUCGACUACAGCACCGUCAGAUGCCGAGACCUCAGUGCUCUCCUGCACGAGCUGUCCAAUGACGGCGCUCGGGGGCAGUUCGAGGCGUUCCUGGAGGAGCUGUUGGUCCCGGCAAUGGUUGCGAGCGCUCAGGAAGGAGAACGAGAGUGCCACAUCGUGGUCCUCACGGACGACGAUAACGUAGACUGGGAUCACGACAACCCUCCGCCGAUGGGAGAGGAAAACUCGCAAAUCCUCUACAGCACCAAACUCUACCGUUUCUUCAAGUUCAUCGAGAACAGAGACGUCGCGAAAGCUCUGCUGAAGGAGCGAGGCCUGAAAAACAUUCGCAUCGGGAUCGAGGGAUACCCCACCUGUAAGGAGAAGGUGAAGCGGCGUCCAGGUGGCAAGUCCGAGGUCAUCUACAGCUACGUCCAGCGUCCCUUCAUCCAGCUGUCCUGGGAGAAAGAGGAAGGGAAGAGCAGACACGUGGACUUCCAGUGCGUCCGCAGCAGGAGCGUCCCGAACCUCAUCACAGCCAUGGGGGAGGGGCCUAUGCGGGUCGGGGCCACACCCACUCCGCAGGUCGACGAGUUAGAUCGGCUGAACGGCCCCGCCCCUCCCAGUCCCGACCAAUGACUGAUGGAUUCAACCAUUGGAACUAGAAACACUGACUGGACGAUAAUACACCUCAUUCAUAUUCAGCACCUCAUUACAUAUUCAUAUAGAUAGACAUUUCAUAUUGAUUCGUUCGAAUUUUGACUCAUUUCAUCCACGUCACUGGUUCAAUGAACUUAAAAGUACUUGAGAUCUUUUCACCGCUGUGUCCUUGAGCAAGUUCUUGCCAUUACUGCACUGCAUUUGGCUUUGGAUAAAACAAUAUUUGCUUAACCAAUAACCAAUUAAUCAAAAAACCAGUCACUUUUUCAGGGCUUUGGAUUAUCGAAGAUCAGAUGCAUUAUUUUAGAAUUCAUUUUAGCGAGGAUUUUCUGUCUCUCGGCGCCAUCUAGUGUCAAAGUGAUGGAUAGAAAAUAGUGUAAAUAUCAUUUAUAAAACACCUUUGAAGCGUUUGCUUUGUUUUAUAUAAUUUGUAAGUGGUUUUCAAUAAAAGCAU